AAAGUAGACUCUUGACUCUUGACUCCCUGACUCAUGGCUCUUGACUCAAAAACUGAAUGACGCUUCCUCUUGACUCGAGUAUUCAACCUCAAAUUCCAAUUUCAAAUCAAAUAUCCAACGUUCACGGAUCAAAUUCAAAUUGUAAACAGUCACAUUUUGACCGGCCAGACGGCGGCAUCCACGCUCCUACCGUCAUCUCAAGGCGAAGCUACAGUGAAAUUGAUGAAGUCUACAUCUCCGAAUUCUUGAUUCUCUCAAGCCCCGAUAGCCGGAGCGUGAUCUCACCACGCCGCGUCGCCGCUCUUUGGAGGAAGUCGGAUAUCAUCACACUCAGCGCUCAGACGUCGCAGACAGCAUGCCAAAGAUUCGCACUUCGCGAACUGCGCCUCCUCCCGAGGGAUUCGAGGAUAUUGAGGAUAUUCUAGAAGACUACUCGAGAGCGAUGCGGGAUGCAGAGAAUGAAGAGGGAGAGGGAAAGAGGAAGAACGAGGUGUUGUGGGGUAUCAUGCGGAUAAGCCAUACGAGGAGCAGAUACAUCUACGACUUGUACUAUGGGAGAGAAGCCAUCAGCAAGGAGCUGUACGAUUGGCUCGUCAAGCAGGGCUACGCGGACGCCAACUUGAUAGCAAAGUGGAAGAGGUCGGGCUACGAGAAGCUGUGCUGCGUGAGGUGUAUUCAAGCCAUGGACAUGAACUACUCCGGCUCCACAUGCGUAUGCAGAGUUCCGAAAUCUCAACUCAGACCCGGCACUGUCGUGGAGUGUCAGAAUUGUGGCUGCAGAGGGUGCGCUUCGUCAGACUGACGGGCUACGAGAAAGGCAGCUCAUGCAUGCAGAGGACAAGACUCGCCUUUCGAUCAUCCUUCGAGUGGCGCACUGCAGCAGCGAGAUCGAUCAGCUCUAAGCGCGGACACAUGUCUUGGUACGUGGAUGGAGGCUACGCCCCAUAUAUGCACUCUCGAAUGAAUCAUGUCACCGGCCACUCACAUGUGGGAGCAUGCAGCGUGUGCAACCGAGGAGGUGUACGGUCUUGCUUAGGCUGGGUCAGCAGCAUGCGCAGCAUGCACAUCGGAAGAAACCCUGUAAAUGGUAGCUAGGUGCUGCGAACUGCGCUCGUCUGCUGACAAUGUCUCAGCUCAGCUUCAGUCUCGCAGUGCAGCAUGGAUGCGACGGGAUGUGUUUCAGCUGAAACCUUUGCGAUGAGGCUCACACGACGGCUGAAUACUGCAGGCGCGGGCUCAGUGGGACGCGCGCACACGGA